GACUAGUUAUUAGACAGUUGGAAAGAAAUGACAGUCUGGAUUAAGUGAAGGGGUGGGGGGAUGGAAUGGGAAUAAAUGUCUGGUGAAUAGUAAGAUAUAAUCAUGACUUCAAUAAUGCCAAGCCAUUUUUAAAAGAAACAUGGCAGUUUCUAUUUUUUUUAAAAAAAAUCCUGGAAUGCAAUGUGAUAUGGUCUAAUCUAGCGAUUUAAGAUACUAUGCCUAUUUUAAAGAUGGAUUUCUCAUGCGGUAACUAUAGUUAACGGAUCUUUUUAUUUUUUUAACUUGCAUGUAUUUUCCCUGUUACUUCAAAUUCCAGCUCUUCACAAUUUGCUUACUUUGAUCUCAAAUUAACCUAUAGUAUGUACGUGCAGAAGAGAACCCAGGGUUGCAACAACAGCAAAAGAUUGUGCACGGUUUUAUGGAUGAGUUUCCUCCCUUGCAAACAGCGAUCCGCGUCGACAUGAGAGGCACGUGGCCAACUCCAGCUUUUUUAGCAGGUGUAACGUGACCUUCAAAACUCCUUAGGACAAGCAGCUCCCCGUGGGGCUGCAUCUCCCGUCAGACGCAGGUGGGCAGGGUCUCCGGGGCUGCCCGGUUGACUACGGCUCGCGGUUCUGAGGCCAGAGUCGGCAAAAAGAAUACAAAAACACAGGCACAAAACAAACCACAAGACCCAUGCCUUCCCACAGUGGGCUGAUGAGUGAAGUCGCAGAAAGAAGGUUCUGCUCUUGCCCUUUUAAAAUUCCGGUGCAGCAAACACUCGCGCGGACACACACACACACACACACACACACACACACACACACACACACACACACGGUCGGCUCUUGCCACUCUCUGCACCGCACCGGCGUCCCUCCCCAAGUCCUGAUUCAUGAACCGUGCCACCUUUGUCUCGUUUUAAACUGUGCAGACUAUUUUAAUCCUGCCACCCCCACCGCAGACUCCCCCCUCCCUCCAUCCUCUGGGAAGCUCCGCUGUAAGGCUCCGGCUCAGUGGGAGCGCGCUUCUCCCGGUCGGCUCGGGUGGGCGAGAUCCCGGGAAGCCCUCGGCGGGACCUCCGCCUGCGGGGCGCUGCCCGGACGCCGCUGCGGCGCGGGGCACGCGCUUCGGUCCCUUUAAGGUGUCGCGCUCCCCGAAGUGCGGGCAGGGAGCCGCGAGCCGGCGCGGUCCCGAAGCCGGUGGGGACGUCCUGUCGCCCUCCCCUCCCCUCCCCCGCGGCCGAGUCUCCGGGGGCCUGCGGGUCCUCCGCCCACCGCGCGCGGGCUGGCCAGCGGCUGGGAAGCAUGUCCUCCUCCUACGCCAAGAACGGGACCGCGGACGGGCCGCCCUCGCCCACCUCGCAGGUGGCCCGAGGCACCACGACCCGGAGGAGCAGGUUGAAAAGAUCCGAUGGCAGCACCACUUCGACCAGCUUCAUCCUCAGACAGGGUUCCGCGGAUUCCUACACGAGCAGGCCCUCGGACUCCGAUGUCUCCUUGGAAGAGGACAGGGAAGCGAUCCGGCAGGAGAGAGAGCAGCAGGCGGCCAUCCAGCUGGAGAGAGCAAAGUCCAAGCCUGUAGCCUUUGCUGUGAAGACGAACGUGAGCUACUGUGGCGCCCUGGACGAGGAUGUGCCUGUCCCAAGCACGGCCAUCUCCUUCGACGCCAAGGACUUUCUGCACAUUAAAGAGAAGUAUAACAAUGACUGGUGGAUAGGAAGGCUGGUGAAGGAGGGCUGUGAGAUUGGCUUCAUCCCAAGUCCACUCAGAUUGGAGAACAUCCGCAUUCAGCAAGAACAAAAAAGAGGACGUUUUCACGGAGGGAAGUCCAGUGGAAAUUCUUCUUCAAGUCUUGGAGAAAUGGUAUCAGGGACAUUUCGAGCAACACCCACAUCAGCAGCCAAACAGAAGCAAAAAGUGACGGAGCACAUUCCUCCCUACGAUGUUGUGCCAUCCAUGCGUCCGGUGGUGUUAGUGGGGCCGUCACUGAAGGGUUAUGAGGUAACAGACAUGAUGCAGAAAGCCCUCUUUGAUUUCCUGAAGCACAGGUUUGAUGGGAGGAUAUCAAUAACGAGAGUGACAGCUGACAUUUCUCUUGCUAAGAGGUCUGUCCUAAAUAAUCCCAGCAAGAGGGCAAUAAUUGAACGUUCGAACACUCGGUCCAGCCUAGCGGAAGUACAAAGUGAAAUUGAAAGAAUCUUUGAGUUGGCAAGAUCUUUGCAACUGGUUGUUCUUGAUGCAGACACCAUCAAUCACCCAGCACAACUUAUAAAGACGUCUUUAGCACCAAUUAUUGUUCAUGUAAAAGUCUCAUCUCCAAAGGUUUUACAGAGGUUGAUUAAAUCUAGAGGAAAGUCCCAAAGUAAACACUUAAAUGUGCAACUGGUGGCAGCUGAUAAACUUGCACAGUGCCCUCCAGAAAUGUUUGACGUUAUACUGGAUGAAAACCAGCUGGAGGAUGCGUGUGAACACCUGGGCGAGUACCUGGAGGCAUACUGGCGUGCUACCCACACAACCAGUAGCACCCCUAUGACCCCGCUGCUUGGAAGGAAUUUGGGCUCCACAGCUCUCUCACCAUAUCCCACAGCAAUUUCUGGGUUACAGAGUCAGCGUGUGAGGCACAGCAACCAUUCCACAGAGAACUCUCCAAUUGAAAGACGAAGUCUAAUGACCUCUGAUGAAAAUUACCACAAUGAAAGGGCUCGGAAGAGCAGGAACCGCUUGUCUUCCAGCUCCCAGCAUAGCCGAGAUCAUUAUCCUCUCGUGGAAGAAGAUUACCCUGACUCAUACCAGGACAGUUACAAACCCCACAGGAACCGAGGAUCACCUGGGGGCUAUAGCCAUGACUCCCGACAUAGGCUUUGAGUCUGCAAGAAGCAAACAAACAAACAAAAAUUCAUCUGUUGACAAUUUGCCAUAGCACUGCUAGGAUAAACCAAUCAUCUUAACUUGGCAAGUACAGCACAGUAUUUACUGUGUUUAUGGGCUGCUGUCAUUUGAUGCUAAAUAAGGGGCAAAAAAAAACAACAAAGAAAAGAAAAAAAGUACAUCAUGCCCUUAAGUCUAGAUGGAUAUUAGAUGCCCAAUCAUAUAGACAUUUUUAAGUGCAACAUUUACAUAACAGUACCUUUGUUUUCUUCAUUAGAUUUAGACACAUCAAUUUGUAAGUUAGGGUACUUAUCAAGGCACAUAUAAAAUAAUUUCCCAUGCUGGAAAUUCCAAAUGACCAGUUCCAGUUGGAACCAAUUUAUAAACCAAUUCCUGUUGGAAUUUGGGUGAAUCGACUAGAAAGUCUACUUGAGCAUGUGGCGAUCCAUUUAAAAAAUCUGAAAAAAUAACUGAUUAAUGAGGAUAUCAAAAUACCAAUAGAAGCCAAAACCAGCUAUGGUAUUUAUUUGCUGGAAGCUAAAUUUACACUUAAAGUUGGAAUGUAUACACAUUUUAAUAUACGUUAAUGUUUCCAAAAUGGCUUUUCAAACUUACCAAAUGUAUUGAUAGUGCCAAAAGAAUCUCAAAUUAAUACAGAAAGUAUACAAUCUUCUCAUAUUUUAAUAUUUUUAUUUCUUUCCUGGCACAGCUGUUGUUUCAAAGUGUUUUGCUUUUCGUUUAGUCACUACUGUUAUUUCAUUUGACAUGGUACAUGUCAAAAAAAAUCUCAAAAUUUCUUUUGCAGUGAGAGAGAAAAGGGAAGCCCAAUCAUAGCAGGUUAUGUGAAAUGGAAAAUGGGUGUUUCCCCUCUAAUAAAUCUGAGCACAACUACAUACAUCCUGGAUCUGAAGUCAGGGAGUAAGGAUGGGCACAGAUCCUCCUGAGUGCAAAGCUAAACACCUCCAGGUGGGACUUUUUCCACCCACUUCACAAACACGGGUUCGGUAUUUCCCACUAGGCACAACUGAAUAUUUUUCAUUGCCUCACUCAACCUCUGUCUUUGAAUAUCUGAAUGCUCUAGCCCUUCACCAAAUUCUUUAUAAUUAUUCUAAGGAUGUUAGUUUUAUAUAGACACAUUCAAUUUUGAUAUUGAAAGAUGUGUUAGUACCAAACAAUUAAUUGAAAAUGUGAAAACAAGUGAUGAAUGUAAAAGCUUGCAAUGAAAAGAAACUCAUUCAGAACAUAUUUGUCCACUAAACUUAGAGAAUUUUUAUUGCAAAGGAUUAUAAAGAAUUUGGAGAUUGAGCUUCAUUAUUUCUAAUCAACAUUCCUCUUCACAUAUUAAGUCUUCACAGUGUUUCCAGUGGCUAUAAUUUUGGAAUUGGUGACCUUCUAUCUUAUAUUUUUAAGGAAGACUUAGAUUCACUAUGAUCCAAGAAAUUGUUGAAAUUGACCAUUUUAUACAAUACACAAAUGUCUUUAGGAAAAGGCUCUUGUUUCUAAAAGCCUACAAUGCAUGCAUUUUUCUAAAGCCCCAGUUGGACCAUGCAUAAAAAUCCUUUUGUACUGGUACAUGUCAUAAAACCUAUUUUUUGGAAACAAUAAUAAUUCAUUUUCUAUUAUCUUUUCCCCUCCACCAAGCCUUUCAAUAUUUAGGCUCUCGAAGCAUGCACCAGUUAAAUAAAUUUCCUGGCCAUGAAAAUAAGUUUCAUAUUCUUGAUUACUUAAUUAUACAUAUGUUAAACCCCAUUAUGAUCUUCCAUAUUCCCUCCCCUCAUGUUCACUGUGCAUAUUCCAUUAUGUUUAGCUGAUAAUGAGGAUGCCUAUAAUUAUGUAAGUUAUCUCAAAUAUUUGAUACAACUAAAAAUAUGGGCUCAGUAAAUUCUAAAAGUUAAUAUGUGUUACUGGCUUAUGAAGUUCUUUUGUCAUCUAGUGAAGCUUACAGAACUUUCAGUUAAGACAUUUAAAAAAGUUGUAUCCAUUAUGCACUUUAAUAAACAUAUAACCUGCCAUUACUGAAUACUUUGUUAGAGCACAGAAGAGCAUUUUCCAGUAAGCAAAAAUAUACUUAUUACAUGUACAGCACAUACUUGCAUGAGAAAGAAAACAUUAGCCAAAACAUUUUUCUAGAUGCUUUACUGGUUUCUUGUUUGUGCGCAUUACAGUAUUUAAUUGCAAAGAGUGCACCAAGGUGUCUGAAUUUAGACUAGACAGCUGUUCAGCUUUUUCUGUAGUAGCAUUAGCAACCCAGUCAUUUAACUACUUUAAAAUAUUUACAUUUUAUGGCAGGUAGCUAUAACAGUAUUUACAUAUAUUUCCUAGUCAGCAAGAUUUUCAUAUUUUUUCAACUUUUAAAAAUCACUUGUUUUUAAAGGCCUCUCAAAGCCCUGUUUCUAAGUCUUCCAUGUCAUGCUGAUACAGAGAGAGGUCCAUUUAAAAUCUGCACAAACCAAUAUGUCAUUUACCAUGAAGUGUCCAUAUGUGUUUUGCUUUGCAUUCUUACUCAAAAGCUAACAAUCUUGGAAAGGAUAUAAUGUAUAUUUUCUUGAUGGAUAUAUUUAAAAUUUUACUUUGAUAUGGCAUAUUUCCCCCAUUCCUUUUGUAAUGUUUAUCUUCUCCAAAUGAAUAAGAGAUGCAUUUUCCUUUUUUUUAAGCCUUAGACUUUAUUGUGUAAAUGAUACUAAAAUACAGAUAUAUGCUAAAUGAAAAGUUUUAUUUUUGCCAAGCAUAUCAAGCACCUUUGGAAAAUACAUAUUCUACAAGUACUUUGUUUUUAACUGAUUUCAUUUGAAAAUAGAAAAUGAUAAGCAGGAGAAAGAAGUCUUAUACUAUUUUGAGGCUGUUUUAACUUGUAGUAUAAACCACGUAUUCUGUGAUUUUGGUAUAUGUAGUUUCAGAAUAUGUAAGUUACAUAUUCUGUCAUUUCAGUCAUUGAACACGUAACCAUGUAGACUCAUGUGACGAUGUGGAAAUGUAGUCCUGGUAAAAAGGGAAUGCAACUUGUCAAUACUGAUGUUAAUUCUCAAGGCUAUAAUAUGACUUCAAUAUUAUACUCAACAAUGUGAUCUUG